AUGGUCUCCGCAAGUCAGGCAGAGCGGGUGCAGGUGGUGGUGCGUGGGCAGCGGUUUGAAUCAACUGUAGAGAUUCUCUCGGCGUACUGCGUCUUCUUUCGCAGUUUCUUCCGUGAGGCACGUGGGAAGCUGACGGCCUCCAAUGACGUUGAGGGUGUCGACGACGACUGGUGGGCGUGCCACGCUGCUGCCACGCGCACGCUCGGGAAGUACCUGCAGCGGCCCGUCAAGGACGGCGAGUUGCUGGUCGGCGUUGCAUCCAUUGAGUUCGACCGCGCGGCGUCUAGGUGGAGGUUCGUGUACACCGCCAAGACCCUGGCGCCCGAGGACGUGGGGGUUGUUUUGGUGUACGUUCGAAAACUGUUCCGCUGGAGCCAACAACAGCAAGACCAAGAGCGGGAGCCACAGCUACCGAUCCGCUGGGAUGAGAUGACGUACGACGCGCAGCUGGCGCUGGCGCGAGUUGUCUGCAGCUUUGGUGUGGAGCCGCUUGUUGGACGCUUCGAUUUUCCCACCGCACCGCUCAGCCAUGGGGCGGGCACGGAGGCGGAUCCCGUUUUGCUGCGGCAUAUGGCAGAGGCGUACGUGCGAGAACGUCUGCAGCGGGAGGAAUCUUUGGAUGCGGGAGCAGCACAGGAGGGGGCGGCGGCGGCUAAAACAGCGACAGGCGCUGGAGGAGGCAGCCGUUGGCGGCACGAUGUUGAAGGUGAUGAUUUGGUGUUGGCGGCAGCGGCGUGUUCAAGGUGUGGGAUCACUGGACACACGGACGUUGACUGUCCGAAAUGA